CUGCCUCAAAGGCACUAACAUUUUCACAAAUCAAACAGACAUAAAAGUAUGAAUAAUAAUAUGAACCCAUCUCUCUUCCAAAAUUACACUUGGAACAACAUCAUCAACAACAACAAGAGUGAUGAUCAUCAUCAUAACGAUCCAAUCGGUAUGGCCAUGGACCAACACACCCACCUCCACUUCUUCAACCCUUUCACUUCAUCAUCUUCUCAUUCUCAUUUCCCUCCUCUCUCUUCUUCCCUCGCAACCACCACCACUCUUUUCUCAGGAGAUCAAGAAGAGGAUGAAGACGAAGAAGAGCCUGUGGAGGAACUAAGUGCUAUGAAAGAGAUGAUGUACAAGAUCGCAGCCAUGCAGCCCGUCGACAUCGAUCCAGCAACCGUCAAGAAACCCAAACGCCGUAACGUUAGAAUCUCUGACGACCCUCAGAGCGUGGCGGCGAGACACCGCCGGGAGAGAAUCAGUGAGAGGAUUAGAAUCCUCCAGAGACUUGUGCCAGGUGGCACCAAGAUGGAUACAGCUUCAAUGCUCGACGAAGCAAUACGCUACGUUAAGUUCUUGAAACGGCAGAUCCGGCUUCUCAAUAAUCCUCCGCCGCCGCAAGAUCAAGCUUCUCAGGCGUUGAAGACGUCAUGGAUUUCGCCGCCGCCACCGUCAGAUUUCGGCAGUGAAGGAGGAGGAGGUGAACUGAUUUAAAUCAGGUUACAUUUCCAUUAAUAGUAACUAAAUUAUGUUAUAAAGUGUGAGUAAUGGUGCAAUUAUGGAAAGUGUUUAUAUAUAAAAAUGGAUACGAAGUAAGAGUUUGUUAGGAUGUAUUAUAUAUUGUUGUUGACCGAGAAAAGGUUGUGGAAUAAUCAUAACGGUUAGGUUGA